GGGGCAUAAGGAGUGAGCAGAACCGGUGUUCUCUUCUGUUCACAGCAGCAACCAGUAGAUUCUGAGCAUCAGGUGAACAUUUCAUAUAGUAGCUGUAGCCUGCUUCUUCUUUUACCCCGGGCUUCUAUACACUCCACUUUAACCACAGGGCAGAUGGGACGCAGAAUAACAACUAUGACCAAAGAAUACGCGCCCUGACGCGCUCCGGUGCGUGCAUGCUGGACCGGUGAGUGUGUGGACUAGUAUGAAGCGCCAUGGCUUGGUGUGACCGCGGGGUUCAAACGCUGUUGGCCACUGUGGGGGCUUUCGCUGCCUUUAGCCUGAUGACCAUCGCCAUCGGCACGGACUACUGGCUCUAUUCGCGGGCAUACAUCUGCAACGGCACUAAUGCCACCACAGACGAGACACAGCCACAACCCAAAAGUAAGAAGGGCGAUCUCACCCACUCUGGGCUGUGGAGAAUCUGCUGUAUCGAGGGCAUUAAUCAAGGCAGCUGUUACAGAAUCAACCAUUUCCCUGAUGACAACGACUAUGACACAGACAGUUCGGAGUAUCUGCUACGUGUAGUUCGCGCCUCCAGUGUGUUCCCCAUCCUCAGUACCAUCCUGUUGAUGCUCGGCGGGCUGUGUGUUGGGGUGGGCCGAGUCUACAACAAGACAAACAAUGUGCUCCUAAGCGCUGGCAUUCUCUUCGUAGCUGCAGGUCUGAGCAACAUCAUUGGCAUCAUCGUCUACAUCUCAAGCAAUGCAGGAGAUCCAAGUGACAAACGUGAUGAUGACAAGAAGUACACUUACUCCUACGGCUGGUCCUUCUACUUUGGCGCCCUCUCCUUCAUUGUAGCCGAAACUGUGGCCGUCCUCGCCAUCAACAUCUACAUCGAGAAAAACAAGGAAGUCCGCUGGAAGGCGCGGCGUGAGUUUAUCCGUUCACUCUCCUCCUCUUCACCGUACUCAAGGAUUCCGAGCUUUCGCUACCGCCGGAGGACGUCGCACGCCAGCUCUCAUUCUACGGAGGCUUCCCGGGAGAACUCGCCCAUUGUUGGUCUGAAGGGGGCGGCAUCUUCCAGUGGGGCCCUGGAUGAGUUGUCCAUGUACGCCCUGGCAAGAGACAGCGUGACAGAGAACACGUACAGCCCUGAACAUGAGGCUGCUGCUGAGUUCCUCCAGGUCCAUAACUGUUUCCCCAAUGAUUUAAAGGAUGGGGUGAAUCGCAGGACCACACCAGUGUGAGCGGUAUUUUGUGUAGCUCAAAGUUUACCAGAUAAAGGACAGAAAAACAAAUGAAUGAAUGACAAAGCGUUGGGCUAACCUGCAAGAGACUGAGCACUUGUGACAACCUGGCAUUUCACAGAGAGAGUGUCCACUUUGAAAAGGACCAAAGAAAGACUAGAGGACGCUUUAUCAUCUGCUUUUAGAGAAUAUUAAAGCAGAAUACAGUUAAUAUUGUAUGUGCUGUAGCCAGUCCAACAUUAGCAUUAUCUUUCAACUGUGCCAAAAUUCUUAUAUGAGCAGUGUGUCAAUCGCAAAUGAUAUUUGAGUAAUGGUGAUUGUGCUUCGUGGGUAAACCUGAGAGGGAAGAGAUGUGCCAUUCAGCAGUAUUCUGCCCACAAAUUAAAUACCAAGGUGCUAACUGAUAUGUGCUCUUCACCAUAAAGGUGUUCCCUUUGUGUGUGCGCGUGGGUGAAGUUUGCCUUCAUUGCUUUCUGACAGACAGGAUCUGUGAGCCAUGGUUAACAUUUUGGAAACAAAGAUCUUUUAUGUCUGAUCCUGUAGUUUUGUUGCAUAAACCUAAUCAAACCAUGAGUGAAAACUGAAAAAAAAGGUAUAAGUAAAAAGAGUUCUUUCCCUAAAGAUUUCUACCGCUGCUUAUAAGCGUG